UUGGAAAAUUUUCGCAACUCAAAAUUUGGCUGUGGCCAGUCAGGGAUAGGCAAACCGAAGUAAUGGCAUACUACGGACAACAGCAACAGGGAUAUCAAGGAAACCCUCAACAGGCACCUCCUGGAGUUGAUCCUAAUUUCCUCUGGGGCGUGUUUCAAAGGAUAGAUAAAGAUAGAAGCGGUGAAAUAUCAGCUUCAGAACUACAGCAAGCUCUAUCCAAUGGUUCCUGGACCCCCUUUAAUCCAGAAACUGUCAGACUGAUGAUAGGAAUGUUUGACAGGGACAACAGUGGAUCAAUAAAUUUUCAGGAAUUCUCCUCUCUUUGGAAAUAUGUCACAGACUGGCAGAACACAUUCAGGAGUUAUGACAGAGAUAAUUCUGGUUCCAUAGACAGGAAUGAGCUGAAAAAUGCUCUUACAAGCUUUGGUUACAGACUGUCAGAUAAGUUCUAUGAAAUCUUAAUCAGAAAAUUUGACAGACAAGGGCGAGGGACUGUGGCAUUUGAUGACUUCAUCCAGUGCUGUGUGGUUCUACAGACCCUGACCAAUGCCUUUAGAUACUAUGACACAGAUCAAGACGGAUGGAUUCAGAUUGGAUAUGAACAAUUCCUGAUGCUUGUGUUCAACCUCAGAUCGUGAUCAGCCUAGAGCUGAAAUCCACCCUGUGUAUACUAAUAAUAUAGCUUUUUUUCUAUUUUAUACAUUGUACAUGUAUAUAAAUUAUAAGCAAUAAGUAAUUUUCAAAUUGUUAUAAGGAUUCCCAAUAGCAAUGAAAUUUUCUUUAAAUACAAUGUAUGAAUUAUUCUCUGCUGAGCUGGGAAGAACAUCGGUUAACUUUAACACUCUUGUAAAAUGCAUAUGAUAUAUAAAACAUUUUUAUAUUUGCUUCUGUGGAACAGAUUACUUACAUGUAUCACGUUAAUGGUGCAGUUAUUCCAAUGUACUUGUUAACACAGAUAGAUUUUAAACCAUGUAGAAUUUCUGUUACAAUCUGCAGAUUGCAGUCACAUAGUAGGUAAAGCAUUAUGUGCCUAUACAAGACAAGUGGAAAUCUUAACUGCUAGAACUUUAGUAUAGUAGAUAACUUUUUAGCAUAUUUUAGAUGUUACAAUUUUCAAUAUUAACUGACUUUGGUUCGCAAGGAAUAUUAAACUUAAUUAACAAAGUGUAUUUUUGUCUCAAUUAAGUUUCACUGUGGUUAUUCACCAAUACUGUAAUCAGGGCUUAUAUUUAUUCUCCUUUGAACAAUAAUUAAUGGAACACUUCAGAAUCUGGUGCUGAGAUGACUUUUGAAAUUAUAUGGUAUCGUAUUAAUCAUUUCCUUUAUACAUGUACUACAUUCUUUGUUGCUGUUUCUUGUGUUGAUAAUUGUCAAUAAUUGUCAUUUGUAUACUGUGUGGAAUUUUACAUGUAAACUUACUAUUAAAAAUCAGUAGUUGCUA